AUUUGAAAUAGUAAUUCGAUCACCCUUUAACAAUCAUACAUCCAUCGAAGAAGAAGACACCGGCCUUGAAACAAGCAAUUCAGAUACUUUCAAAGAAAAAUAAUUAGUUUACAUUACUAAUGGCAUUGGCAAAUGAUGAUCAAAAACGUAACUAUGUUCCUAUUGAAGUCGAAAGCCUUCUUCGUUGGGCAGAGAGCAGAGAGGGUGGAUUUGUCAACCAGCGUCCAUCUAUUUGCAAAGUUCCUAGCAUACUUCGAGAUCUUAGCCCUGAUUCAUUCAAACCUCAGUUGGUCUCUAUAGGACCUCUACACAAGGAAGAAACAAAUGUGCAAGAGAUUGAAAGGCUAAAAAGGACUUAUCUGCAUGACCUAUUGAAACGUCCAAUUUCCCCACCAAAGCAGCCCAAAACAAAAUUAGAAGACUGUUUGGAAAAAGUCAACUCUUCAAUAGCAAAAAUCAAGUCGUCUUAUUCUGCAACGGAAUAUAGUGAGGACCAACUUGCCAAUAUGAUGGUCAUGGAUGGUUGCUUCAUACUUGAGUUCUGCUUAAAAGAUAUUUCCAAGGAACAAACCUUGUUAAGCAAGAUACAAACGUUUCGUAUUUCCAUUGACUUGAUGUUACUUGAAAACCAAAUCCCUUUCUUUGUUCUUCAAGAUAUCUUUGAUCUCACCAAACCCGAUUCCAUAAGUCUUUCCCUUACUUCCCUUCUCCAUGAGGUUCUAUUAAAGGAUGUCCAUCCGUUUUACAUUUCCCCAAACAUGGAAUUCCCAGAUGAGUUUUCACUCCCGGAUGUCUUAAAUAAUUCAAAUCAUGUUCAUGUUCUUGACUGUCUACACAAAAGUUACCAAUUUAAGUCAUCGGCGAUUGUAGAUACCUCUUGCGGUGUGUGUAUUGUCCCAUGGGUGACACUUUUUAAAUAUAUGUAUAAUAUGUGUGGAUUAUUGUGUAGUUGCCUUUCAAAAAAAUUCGAGACUGUAGCCGCUCGGACAGCCUUGAAUUACAAUCAUACUGUUGUAGAAUUGGAGAGGUCCGGGGUGAACUUUAAGCCGCAAGAAGACAAAAAUAAGGCAAUGGCCAUGCAAUAUGUCAAAGCAUCUGCUUGCUUUUGGUGGCCUUGGAGGAAGCCUAUUACAUUUGUUAUGCCAACACUUAUUAUUCAAGAUUUUACUGAAGUAGUUCUGAGGAACUUUAUUGCAUAUGAGCAAUUUAAUCCUCAAGUAAACUACUACUUUACAUCUUAUUCGUGUAUCAUGGAUAAGUUAAUCGAUAACGAAGCGGAUGUUGGCACCUUGGUAGAAUCACGAGUCUUGAUUAACCAUCUUGGUUCAUACAAAGACGCUGCAACGAUGAUCAACAGCAUAUGUAAAAACAUACAAGUUAUUGAUGAUCAAUUCUAUUACUCCGAAGAGAUAAAAGCAUUGGAUGAAUACUACAAUUCUUACUGGCCUAACAGUUUUGCACAUUUGAGACGUACAUAUUUUAGUACUCCGUGGAGUUUUAUCGCUCUACUUGCUGGUAUCACCGUGCUUGUUUUUACUGUGGUUCCGGGCAUAUAUACUGUCAUGUCCUAUCAUAACUAAAUCACUUUGUGCUGAUUGAAGCAAUGUUACCAAUGGCCGAAUUUCCAUGCUUGCUUUUUCUUCUUUUGUAAUUUGUCACUCAUGUUGUAAAAGUAUAUGUUUAACUUGCUUGAUGUAUUUUUAGUGUUGGUAUGAUAGAUUUCAUUUU